AUGUCUGCCGUCGAAGCUCUCACUGACAACCUGGCUGCGACCACCAUCAACGACGCCCCCAACACUAACGGCACUCCCGCGGUCACUGAUGCUGCCGCCGCCAGUGCUGAUGAGGGCCGUCGUCUGUACAUCGGCAACCUUGCCUACGCGACCACCGAGGAGGAACUCAAGGAGUUCUUCAAGGGCUACACCAUCGAGAGCACCUCGAUCCCGGUGAACCCCCGCACCAACCGUCCCGUUGGCUACGCGUUCGUCGACCUUGCUACUGCUUCCGAAGCCACUGCGGCCAUUGAGAGCCUCUCUGGCAAGGAGAUCCUCGCGCGCAAGGUCUCGGUGCAGCUGGCCCGCAAGCCAGAGCCUGCGGAGGCCAAGGAGGGUGCUGCCAGUGGCGGUGAGGGCGCCAGCGGCAAUGAGGGUCGCAAGCGCACCGGUGGCCGUGGCCGUGGCCGUGGUCGCGCUCGUGGCCGUGGUGGCCGUACCUCUCGUGGACGCCGAGGCCGCUCCCUGACCGAAACCACCAACGAGACUGAGCCUGCGGCUGCUGAGGGUGCCCUGCAGGGCAAGCCCCGCGCCCCUCGUCCCCAGAAGCAGCGUGGCCCCCCCGAGGAUGGCAUUCCUUCCAAGACCAAGGUCAUGGUCGCUAACCUCCCCUACGACCUGACCGAGGACAAGCUCAAGGAGAUCUUCGCCGAUUACUCCCCUGUCUCCGCCAAGGUCGCUCUUCGCCCCAUCCCCCGCUUCAUGAUCAAGAAGCUCCAGGCUCGCAACGAGCGCCGCAAGACUCGUGGCUUCGGAUUCGUCAACCUGGCCUCCGAGGAGCUCCAGGCCAAGGCCGUCAGCGAGAUGAACGGCAAGGACAUUGAUGGCCGCACCAUUGCCGUCAAGGUCGCCAUCGACAGCCCCGGAAAGGAGGACGAUGUCAAUGCGGCCGCCGACCAGUACGAGGAGGCCCCCGCCCCCGCCCAGGAGAACGCUGCCCCCGCUGGUCCUGCCACCGAGGCCGCCUAA